AUGCAACCUAUAAACAAUGAAAAGAAUAUUAACAUUCUAAUAAAAAAAAAUUAUAAUAACUUUGAUUCAGUUGAACAAGAUAUUCGAUCAAUUCAUGUAAAAUAUCCUCAAUUCAGAGUUGACACAUGGACGUCAAGAAUUAGUGGAAAACAAUUGUUAGUGUUAACUGGCUUUCUCCCAAUUUUAUUUAAUGGUAGAAAAUUUGGUAUUCCUUUAUUAAUUGGAUUUCCUUAUGACUAUCCACUUUCACCACCUGAAAUUAUUUGUAAUAUUAGUGAGGGAAUGGAAAUUGUUAAAAAACAUCCUGAAGUAGAUGAAAAUGGUGUUAUUAGGAAAGUUGGCGAUGAGUGGAAUCCUUCAAGUGAUCUUUUAAUGGUAUUAGAAAGUUUAGCUAACUCAUUUGGUAGAUAUCCUCCAGUUAGACAAGCACAAAAUAGUCAUCUAACUACUCCUCAAGGAUAUCCAAUUACUGCUUCAACAAGUUCAAUUCAGCCUAACCCACAUAAUAAUUUUAGAAACUCAUCUUGUUCAUUAACAUCCUCUCAAUUUGUUAAUUCAAGUUCUCCUUAUUGUCAACAAAGAAUUACCUCUCUUCAACAACAAUACCAACCUAAUUCUUAUGGUCAGUUUAUAAUAAAUAAACCUCCUUACUCACAAGAAAUGUCUUCAUUUAAUCCUUCAUUACAACCAUCAUCUAACUAUAACUACCCAAAUCAUUUAACUUCAAUUAACCCUUCUGCUCAACCCCAAUAUCAACCAUUUAAUACAACAUUAUUCCAAUCAUCAGUACCUGCUGAUGUAGUUCAAAACACUUCUUUUCCUUCAUUAAAUUCCUCUUUCUCUGGCCCACAACAACAAAUGUAUUAUAAUUCAUUCCCAAAUACAACAACUUCAACCAACCCAAUAACAACAUAUCCACUUCAAUCUCAAGAACAAAAUGUUCAAGUGAAUGGGUGUAUUAAGAAACCUGGAGAUGACCCAUAUUUGGCUAAUUAUAACCCUAUCACUAAAGUAAAUCCUCCACCAUUCCUUUCUAUGCCUAACCACUAUAUGACCCAACCAGAAGUAGAAAAUAAACUUACCUCUGGUUGUUUAACAGAUGAAGAAAAAAUACAAAAAGAAGAAGAGUCUGAAGAAAUACUUCAUGAAGAAGAAGAAAGAAGAAAAAAAGAAAAUGAAAUUAUUCAGAAAAAAAAACUUCAAAAGAAAAUAAAUGAAAUAAACAAAGCUAUUAGUGAGAUUAGUUGUUGGAUUGAAAAUAAUUCAUGUGAAGAAAUUGAUCCACAAAAAAUAUUAUUACAGAAAAAGACUAGUGGUGAACGAAAUAAAAUGAAAUCAAUUUCACAAUGUAUGGCUGUAGAUGAUUGUAUUGAAAUACUAAAUGAUGCAACAAAAAAUAAAGUCAUAUCAAUUGAAGAUGCAUUAGAACAAUUAAAGAAAAUAACUUCAAUUCAAUUUCAUGCAAAGUAUUGCAUAACUGAAUAA